UAUAUUAUCAAUAACCUUAACUAAAGAUAAAAUUUAUUGAUAUUUGUUAUUUGUUUGUAUUUAUUGUGCUUUGAAAAAAUGAUUAACAUUCUGCUUCAACAGCAGCAGCAGCAACAACAACAGCAGCAGCAACAAAAUGCUCAACAGCAACAGCAAGUGGUCCAACAGCAAGUUCAGCAACAACAGCCCCAACAACCUCAACAGCAGCCUUUAGACAAUAUAUCUAAAAUUAAAUCGCUAAUAGGACAACUAAGGGAAUCUCUUUCUAAUACCAUAAAAACUGCAGCCCAAACUUUAAAUCAAAAUAGUCAAGUUGAUAUUGGAUCCCAAAAAGGAGUUGACAUACAAAUCCCCCGUUUCGAUAAAAAUUUGGAGGAGUUUUAUUCCAUUUGUGACCAAAUUGAACUACAUUUGAAAACAUCAAUUAAAUGCUUGACUCAACAAGAAAGCAGCAACAGAUAUUUGCACAUACCCGUCGCCACAACGAGAAGCGAAAAUUUAGGCUUAAAUGACAACACCUUGACGUAUCCACAAUUUUUGGCAACUGCUAGCGCCCAAGUUUCAUAUACUAAAGAGAUUCACGAUACAUUAGUCGCAGCGGCGCAAAAUAUAUCUCCUUCUGAUUGACAUUUUCAGCAACCGUAUUAAUUUAUUUGUAGGUAAAACUGAUUUUUUAUUUAUAUUUAAGGAUUGUAACAUAAUAUAAAAUUUUAAAAUUGUUUUCAAUGUAUUGUAUGAAAUUAAAAAAGUUGUAAUAGGAAACAGAGAAUUGCAGCAAAACUAACGUUUACAGCAAAACCAAAGGAGUUCUAACGUGGACUGUGAGCUGCAAUUUAAAAAAAUACAACUGCAAGCAGUCAAGUUUUCCUUGACUGAUAUGACAGCACCAAUUUUGACAAGAAUUUUUUAGAAAAUCAUCGUAACCAUCCAAGUAUGUGAGAAAUUUAAGUAGCUAAGCAAAUUCCUCGUGCAAAUACAAACAAACAAUGGCUGAAGCUGAUCCUGUACCUUCAGGACUGAGUUGGAUUGCAGACUCGACCUCCUACCAGCACCCACCAUGUAUGUUUCUCUUAUGGUAUCUAACCCUAGGAGUGACGAAAGCUUACGAGAUCAUUAUUGCGCUGCUCGGUGGGGGGGGUGGUGCAGCAGAAGGUUCUGGUGGCGGAGGCGCAGCAGGUUCUGGUGGCGCAGGUGAGAGUGGCUCAAAAACAUCUGCUGCGGGAGGCGGCGGCGCAGGUGCGGGUGGCUCAAAAACAUCUGUAGCAGGAAGCGGCGGCGCAGCAGGUUCUGGUGGCGCAGGUGCGAGUGGCUCAAAAACAUCUGCGGCAGGAGGCGGCAGCGCAGCAGGUUCUGGUGGCGCAAGUGCGAGUGGCUCAAAAACAGCUGUUGACGGAGGCGACGGCGCCGAUGGGGGUGACUCAGCCACACCUCCUGCAGGAACUGAAGAACCAACUGAAUGAAGUACUGCAAAAGAACCACCUCCAGCUGCUGCACAGUAAAUGCCUGCGUCACCUGCCGAAGAGGAAGCUUGAAUCAGUUUACUUAAGUUCUUAAACUAAGAAUAAUAUUUACAUGAAAUUUAAAAGUGAUUUUUUAUAAUUUUCUAGGUUUGUUAUCUUUAGACUUGCAGUUUUUUUUUCAAAUAAUACAUUUGUAACUAAAAUUCCUAAAUAAUUGCUGCUGGUUAGUUGUACCUGGGAAUCAAUCAAUAAAUCUUGAAGAAACGA